AGGAGAGAGGGGAAGGCUGCAUAACCCACUCACAUUGUCCCGUCACAGCCGAGAGUGACUUCGCCUCACUAAAUCACACGCAGCACUAGCUUGGUCUGGCUUGCAGGGGGUCCAAAGCAUCUGUAAGCAGACCUCAGAUGUGCAGAGGUGGAAUGGGAAGAGAGGACUGAUCGGCAACGAAAGACAGACUGUGAGAAAAGGCUUGAAAGGAUAAGCUUCUUGGGCGAGUGUAUUGGGCUCCCCCCCCCUCUUCUGGUGUCCUGUGUGAGGCGCUGUGUAGAGGUUUGUGCUGCGCUGCCCUGGCCCUGGUGAAACCUGCCAGUCAAUGGCUCUGAUGGACAAGCACAAAGUGAAGCGGCAGAGACUGGACCGCAUCUGUGAAGGCAUCCGCCCCCCUAUCCUGAACGGGCCGAUGCACCCGCGCCCCCUGGUGGCCCUGCUGGACGGCCGCGACUGCACGGUGGAGAUGCCCAUCCUGAAGGACGUGGCCACCGUGGCGUUCUGCGACGCCCAGUCCACCCAGGAGAUCCACGAGAAGGUGCUGAACGAGGCGGUGGGGGCUCUCCUGUACCACACCAUCACGCUGUCCCGGGACGACCUGGACAAGUUCAAGGGCCUGCGCAUCAUAGUGAGGAUCGGUAGCGGCUUUGACAAUGUUGACAUCAAGGCUGCAGCUGAGCUGGGUAUCGCGGUGUGCAACGUGCCGGCCUCGUCGGUGGAGGAGACGGCGGACACGGCGCUCUGCCUGAUCCUCAACCUGUACCGGCGCGUCACCUGGAUGCACCAGGCCCUGCGGGAGGGCACGCGCGCCUCCAGCGUGGAGCAGAUCCGCGAGGUGGCCGGCGGGGCCGCCCGAAUCCGCGGCGAGACGCUGGGCAUCAUCGGGCUGGGCCGCGUGGGCCAGGCGGUGGCGUUGCGUGCCAAGGCGUUCGGUUUCGGCGUGAUCUUCUACGACCCCUACCUGCCGGACGGGGUGGAGCGUUCCCUGGGCCUCCAGCGGAUGAGCACCCUGCAGGACCUGCUCAUUCAUUCGGACUGCGUCUCCCUGCACUGCAGCCUGAACGAGCACAACCACCACCUCAUCAACGACUUCACCAUCAAGCAGAUGCGGCAGGGGGCGUUCCUGGUGAACACGGCGCGGGGAGGCCUGGUGGAUGAGAAGGCGCUAGCGCAGGCGCUGAAGGAGGGCCGAAUACGCGGAGCUGCCCUGGACGUCCACGAGACGGAGCCCUUCAGCUUCUCUCAGGGCCCACUGAAGGAUGCCCCAAACCUGAUCUGUACCCCCCACACGUCCUGGUACAGCGAGCAGGCGUCCAUCGAGGCGCGGGAGGAGGCGGCCAGGGAGGUGCGCCGUGCCAUCACAGGGCGCAUCCCAGACAGUCUGAAGAACUGUGUGAAUAAGGAGUACCUGAUGACGGCGUCCCCGUGGCCAGGCAUGGAGGCUGCCGCAGUGCACCCCGAGCUGAACGGAGCCGCCGCUUACAGGUUCCCCGCGGGUCUCAUCGGGGUGACGGCGGGGGCCCUGCCGGGGGCGGGGGCUGGAGUGGAGGGCAUCGUUUCGGGAUCGCUGCCCCUGGCCCACGGCAUCGCCCCUGUUUCCCACCCACCUCACACCCCCUCGCCGGGACAGCCGUCAAAGGCAGAGGCCGACAGAGACGUCCCAGCUGACCAGUAGCAGCCCGACACAUUCCGUCGCCCCUCCCCCCCUUCCCCCGGAAACGCCCACCACCUUCACACAAGCAGAUUGACACUGGUGUCCUAGCCCGACCCGACUUGACCUGACCCAGCCCGGCCCGGGCCCACAGAACACAAAACGACCUGGGGGUGACCCGUCCAUAAUCACUCUCGCGUCCCCUGUCUCUUAAAGACCCCCCCCCCCCCCCCC